CCGGUGAAAACUUCCCUCCAAACUCUCUCCCUCGCUCUCUCUAACGAAUCUUAUAAUAUUCAUUACUUUCAAUUCUUUUAUAUAUAAUAUCUAAAUAUAUAUAUGGUGCUGUUGGCUCUUCAGCUUUCUUCUUGUUCCUACAUACCCAUCUUCCCUCACCUACAUCAAACCUAGGGUUCUUUCUUGCAUCAACAUAUAUAGAUUUAUAUAUAGGUUUUGAUUUACAUAAGAUAUAUCACAGAGAGAUCGGACGGAGAGGAAUUGAAGAAUGAUGUGCAGUCGUGGCCAUUGGAGACCUGCGGAAGAUGAGAAGCUAAGAGAACUCGUCGAACAGUUUGGUCCUCAUAAUUGGAACGCCAUAGCUCAGAAGCUUUCUGGUCGAUCUGGUAAGAGUUGUAGAUUGAGAUGGUUUAAUCAAUUGGAUCCUAGAAUUAACCGAAACCCUUUCACGGAGGAAGAAGAAGAAAGGCUUCUAGCGUCUCACCGGAUCCAUGGGAACAGAUGGUCCGUGAUCGCUAGAUUUUUUCCCGGUCGAACCGAUAACGCAGUUAAAAACCAUUGGCACGUCAUCAUGGCUCGUCGUGGCCGAGAACGGUCUAAGCUGCGUCCACGUGGCCUUGGCCAUGAUGGCACGGCGGCUGCUACUGGGACGAUGGGUAAUUAUAACGACUUCGAUAAGGAGAGAAGAUUGGCAACCACGGCCGCUAUCAAUUUUCCUUAUCAGUUCUCUCAUAUUAGUCACUUUCAAGUUCUCAAAGAGUUCUUGACCGGAAAGAUCGGGUUCCAGAAUAGUACUACUCCAAUAAAAGAAGGAGCAAUAGACCAAACUAAACGGCCGAUGGAGUUCUACAAUUUUCUCCCAGUAAACACGGAUUUGAAGAAACCCGAAGUGAUAGACAAUUCAAGAAAAGACGAAGAAGAAUAUUUUGAUCAAAACAACCCAAUUCGUAACGAGAAUUGUGUUCCCUUCUUCGACUUUUUGUCUGUUGAAAACUCUGCCUCUCAGGGUUUAUGUUAAUUAGUCCGUACCACACGUACUAUAAGGUGGAUCAUAUGUUAAUUAAAUGUAGAAAUUACUAAUCUGUUGUUACUUGUUAGAGCUCUUGUUUGAGCCAAAUGUGAAAAUUAAUUAAGACAGCCAACAUUUCCUUGAAUACCAAAUCUUUUUAUU